AUGAGCAGGAACAGCGACUCGGACCAAGACGUCGUUGCAGAGACAACGACGGGGAAGGUCCCUGCUGUGGUGGCCGUCGAGCCCCAUGCCGUUGACAGCCAGUCCCGAGGCUUAGUAUCUGGGCACCACCACCCCAACGGCCACGGCAACGGUCUCGAAGAUGGCAUCAAUGAGACCGAUGUGAACGACCACGACGGCGAUCUCGUCACGGCAACAGAGCUCCAUGAUCUCAAGCGAGGCCUUACCGAGCGCCACCUGAGCAUGCUCGGCAUUGCUGGUGCGAUCGGGACCGGACUUUUCCUCAGCCUCGGAGGCGCAAUCCAGACUGGCGGGCCCCUAGGCGCCUUGCUUGGGUAUGCUAUGGUCGGUGGAAUAGUUUGCUCGGUCCAGUUUGCACUUGGCGAAGUAACGGCUCUCUUACCGGUCACUGGAAGCUUUGUCAGACAUGCGGGCUUUCUGGUCGACCCUGCCCUCGAAUUUGCCAUCGGAUGGAAUCUCGUCUACGGGAACUUGCUCAGCAUUCCUUCCGAAAUUACAGCUAUCUGUGUACUCUUUCAAUUUUGGACUGAUUUGAACAGCGCAUUAUGGAUAAUAAUUUUCAUUAUUGCGACUGUCGUCGUUGGCGUGGCAUUCGUUCGGAUCUUUGGCGAAGUCGAGUUCUUUUUUGCAGUGCUCAAGAUCCUCCUGGUGGUAUUCCUCAUCAUCCUCGGCUUGGUCAUUGACCUCGGUGGCGUCCCCGGUACCCCUCGCAUCGGCUUCAAGUAUUGGCAGAAUCCAGGACCGUUUGUCGAGUAUAUCGGCACUGGCGACUGGGGAAAAUUCCUUGGUUUCUGGGGCGUCAUGACCUCUGCCGUUUUCUCCUUCGCAGGAGUCGAGUCUAUCGCCAUGGCAGCAGCUGAGACCCAGAACCCACGACGAGCAAUCCCCCGCGCCUGCAGACAGGUCUUUGCACGAGUUUUGCUAUUCUAUAUGCUUGCAGUGCUUGUCGUGGGAAUGCUCGUUCCCAGCGAUGACCCGCGCUUGGGUGAUGAGAGCGGAACCGCAGCUCAGUCUCCAUUCGUUAUCGCGGCAAGUGCAGCUGGCAUCCGCGCCAUUCCAAGCGUGGUCAAUGCCAUCGUUAUUACGAGUGCGUGGAGUGCAAGCAAUCAGUCACUCAUGGCUGGUACGAGGGUCUUGUAUGGCCUCGCGCUGAAAGGUCAAGCCCCAAAGAUUUUCCUGCGAACGACUGCAUGGGGGACACCCUACAUGUGUGUUGCCCUGUUCACGUUGUUCAUGUUUCUGAGCUUCCUGACUCUGAGCAACAAUGCCAUGACAGUCUUCUGGUGGCUUGUCGACCUCACCGCAGCUGGGAAUUCCGGUGGCGAGGCUGCCAUGGCACAAUUCCUGGACUUCUGUUUCACGAAAGGCAACUGGGACCCCGAGACCUUCGUGUCAUCGUAUUUAGAUAUUCCUCUUGUUAUAACGGCUUUUUUGGUCUGGAAGUUCUACAAGAGGACCAAGUUCUAUUCCUUGGACGAGAUACCCCUUGCGGACGCGUUGAGGCAGGCUGAUCUAGAAGAAGCGGCUAGACUGCAAAGAUAUCAUGACUAG